CCUCAGACUGUGAGGGACGGUGUCAUCCUUUCAACAGAUAAGAGGUUUUCCUGUACUGAGUGCGGGAAAUGUUUUUCAAGCAAGUCUAUACUUUCCAUACAUCAAAUAUCUCACACGGGUGAGAAGCCGUUUUCCUGUCCUGAGUGCGGGAAAUGUUUUUCAAAGAAAUUUCAUCUCAACAGCCAUCAGAGAUUGCACACAGGAGUCAAGCCACAUUCCUGCCCUGAAUGCGUAAAAUGUUUUGUAAAUAAAUCAGAACUUGUCAAACAUCAACGGUGUCACACAGGGGAGAAGCCGUAUUUUUGUUCUGAGUGCGGGAAAUGUUUCGUAAAUAUAUCAAAUCUUGGCAAACAUCAAAGGUCUCACACAGGAGAGAAACCGUAUUCCUGUUCUGAGUGUGGGAAAUGUUUUGUAGUAAAAUCACAUCUUGUCGCACAUCUGAGGUCUCACACAGGGGAAAAGCCCUAUUCCUGUCCUGAGUGCGGGAAAUGUUUUUCUGACAAGUCCUCUCUUUACAGACAUCAGAGGUUGCACACAGGUGACAAGCCGCAUUGCUGUUCUGAGUGCGGGAAACGUUAUUCAGUGAAGUCCCAUCUUUACAGACAUCAGAGAUCUCACACAGGGGAGGAGCCACUUUGCUGUUUUGAGUGCGGGAAAUGUUUUGAAAAGAAAUUAGAUCUUGUCAACCAUCAAAGUACUCACCUGAGGGAGAAACCGUUUUCCUGUUCUGAAUGCAGGAAAUGUUUUUCAGUAAAGUCCAAUCUUUACAGACAUCAGAGAUUGCACACGGGGGAGAACCCACUUCCCGGUGCAAAACUAAAAGGCAUUAAGGUUGAGGUUAAAGAGGAAGAAGAAGAGACGUUGGUGAAUGGAGAUCAGCCGUCUAUGAAGGAGGGUUGUCCUCUGUAUUCCCAGAAUUCUACAUGGGAAGAUCACCACUAUACAGAGAAUGAUCAGAAUGAAGAACGGAAAGACAUCAAAGUUGAGGGUAAAGAGGAAGAAGAAGAGAGGUUGGUGAGUGGAGAUCAGCAGUCUAUGGAGGAGGGGGAGAAGAUUAUGGAAAGUAAACUGGAGGAAUCCUCUCUACAUAUGGACACAACAGAUGGACGGUGUUUCUGGAAUAUAAAUCCAUCGGAGGGACAUCUUAUUAUAUCUCCAGAUUGUAAGGCAGAAGAUACCGACAUUCCACAAUAUUCUCCCAAAGUCACCUCUGAUUGGUUGGUUAUAUCAUCAGAUCCUUCUAAUCCUGAGGAACCUUCUGAUAAAUCCCAUACUAUGACUUCAGAUGUCCUUCCAAGUUCUCACAGUGCUGACAGAUCACCAGAUCCAUCCAAUCCCCAGAAAUCUUGUUUAAGCCAUAAGAAGGUUCACACAGAAGAGCGUUCAUUGUCAUGUCAUGGUCAUUGUCAUGAGUGCGGGAAAUCUUUCGCUACAAACAAAAACCUUCUUAGACACCAGAGAAUUCACACUGGUGAGCGUCCCUAUUCAUGUUCAGAGUGCGGGAAAUGUUUCACUCAGAAACAACAGCUUAUUGUACACCAGAGAAUUCACACAGGUGAGCGUCCCUAUCAAUGUUCAGAGUGCGAGAAAAGUUUCAUUCGGAAAGCAGUUCUGGUUUCCCAUCAAAGAAUUCACACCGGUGAGCGUCCUUUCUCUUGUUCAGAGUGCGGGAAAGGUUUCCUUAAAAAAGCAACCCUUAUUAUACACCAGAGAAAUCACACAGGUGAGCGUCCUUAUUUAUGUCCAGAGUGCGGGAAAUGUUUCAUUGAAAAAAAGCACCUUCUUAGACAUCAGAUAACUCACACGGGUGAGCGUCCUUUUUCAUGUUCAAAGUGUGGGAAAAGUUUUACUUCUAAAGGGGAACUUGUUGUACAUCUGAAAAUUCACACAGGUGAGCGUCCUUUCUCUUGCUCAGAGUGUGGGAAAUGUUUCAUUAGAAAAGGAAAUCUUACUGAACACCUGAGAAUUCACACGGGUGAGCGUCCUUAUUCAUGUUCAGAGUGCGGGAAAUCUUUUGCUCAGGAAGGAGCACUUUUUGCACAUCAGAAAAUUCACACAGGUGAGCGUCCUCAUCCAUGUUCUGAGUGCGGGAAAUCCUACAUUCAUAAAAGAGACCUUGUUAAACACCAGAAAAUUCACACAGGUGAGCGUCCUUAUCCAUGUUCAGAGUGCGGGAAAUCCUACAUUCAUAAAAGAGACCUUGUUAAUCACCAGAAAAUUCACACGGGUGAGCGUCCUAAUUCAUGUUCAGAGUGCGGGAAAUGUUUUAAUGCGAAAGAACACCUUGUGCAACACCAGAGACUUCACGCAGGUCCGAAUCUGACGCUCAGGAAGGAGCACUUUCUGAACAUCAGAGAACUCACACAGGUGAACGCCCUUAUGCAUGUCCAGAGUGCGGGAAAUCUUUCUCUUAUACAGGAGGCCUUGUUAAACACAGGAGAAUUCACACUGGUGAGCGUCCCUAUUCAUGUUCAGAGUGCGGGAAAUGUUUCAGUAAUGAAUGACAUCAGAGCCCACAAACAGGACGAACAGCACCGAUGUGAACUGGACUUCCGUGAGACAACCACCACCAUAUGGAAAGCCGCUUACCAGAAAAACAGCAGAACAGCAGAAAAUACAGCAUUAAGCACAGUAAACUCCAUCCGAAGGUUGGAACACUGGAUUGCAAGGACCCUAGAGAAUAUACUUCCGAUGUCCAGUAAUGGGAACCCACCAGAGAGAUGUCCCCGUCCUCUGUAUUCCCAGGAUUCCAUACAGGAAGAUCAAAUCAUCCCCCAACAUGAUCAGGGUGAAAAACGAAAAGGCAUUAAAGUUGAGGUUAAAGAGGAAGAAGAAGAGAGGUUGGUGAGUGGAGAUCAGCAGUCUAUGGAGGAGGGUUGUCCUAACCAUUCCCAGAAGCCUACAUGGGAAGGUCACCACUAUACAGAGAAUGAUCAGAAUGAAAAACUGAAAGACAUCAAAGUUGAGCAUAAAUUGGAAGAAGAAGAGAGGUUGGUGAGUGGAGAUCAGCAGUCUAUGGUGGAGGGGGAGAAGAUUAUGGAAAGUAAACCGGAGGAAUCUUCUUUACAUAAGGACACAACAGAUGGACGGUGUUUCUGGAAUAUAAAUACAUCGGAGGGACAUCUUAUUAUAUCUCCAGAUUGUAAGGCAGAAGAUACCGACAUUCCACAAUAUUCUCCCAAAGUCACCUCUGAUUGGUUGGUUAGAUCAUCGGAUCCUUCCAAUCCUGAGGAACCUUCUGAUAAAUCCCAUACUAUGACAUCAGAUGUCCUUCCAAGUUCUCACAGUGCUGACAGAUCACCAGAUCCAUCCAAUCCCCAGAUAUCUUCUUCAAGCCAUAAGAAGGUUCACACAGGAGAGCGUUCAUUGUCAUGUUCAGAGUGCGGGAAAUGUUUCACUGAAAACAAAAACCUUCGUAGGCACCAGAAAAUUCACACUGGUGAGCGUCCCUUUCCAUGUUCCGAGUGCGGGAAAUGUUUCACUACAAACAAAAUCCUUCUUAUGCACCAGAGAAUUCAUUCUGGUGAGCGUCCCUAUUCAUGUUCAGAGUGCGGGAAAUCUUUCACUGCAAACAAAAACCUUCUUAUGCACCAGAGAAUUCACACUGGUGAGCGCCCCUAUUCAUGUUCAGAGUGCGGGAAAUGUUUCACUGCAAACAAAAACCUUCUUAGGCACCAGAGAAUUCAUACGGGUGAACGUCCCUAUCUCUGUUCAGAGUGCGGGAAAUUUUUCUCUCAGAAACAACAACUUAUUGCACACCAGAGAAUUCACACAGGUGAGCGUCCAUUUUCAUGUCCAGAGUGCGAGAAAAGUUUCAUUCGGAAAGCAGUCCUGGUUUCCCAUCAAAGAAUUCACACGGGUGAGCGUCCUUUCUCUUGUUCAGAGUGCGGGAAAGGUUUCCUUAAAAAAGAAACCCUUAUUGUACACCAAAGAACUCACACAGGUGAGCGUCCUUAUUUAUGUUCAGAGUGCGGGAAAAGUUUCAUUGAAAAAAAAGACCUUCUUAGACAUCAGAUAAUUCACACGGGUGAGCGUCCUUUUUCAUGUUCAGAGUGUGGGAAAAGUUUUUCUCGUAAAGGAGAACUUGUUGUACACCUGAAAAUUCACACAGGUGAGCGUCCUUUCCCUUGCUCAGAGUGCGGGAAACGUUUCCUUAAAAAAGGAAAUCUUACUGAACACCAGAGAAUUCAUACCAGAGAGCGUCCUUUACCUUGUUCGGAGUGCGAGAAAGGUUUCUUUAAAAAAGAAAGACUUAUUGUACACCAGAGAAAUCACACUGGCGAGCCUCCCUAUUCAUGCUCAGAGUGCGGGAAAGGUUUCACUCAGGAAGGAGCACUUGCUGAACAUCAGAGAAUUCACACAGGUGAGCGUCCUUAUCCAUGUUCAGAGUGUGGGAAAUCCUUCAUUCAUAAAAAAGGCCUUGUUCAACACCUGAAAAUUCAUACAGGUUAGGAUCUUUCGCUCAGGAAGGAGCACUCGUUGAUCAGAGAAGUCACACAGCUGAGCGCCCUUAUGCAUGUCCAGAGUGUGGGAAAUCUUUCAUUUAUAAAGAAGACCUUGUUAAACACCGGAGAAUUCACACUGGUGAAUUUCUCCUCUACCACUAGGUGGCCGGGUACUUGGUGGUACUGGAUAUGAGAAGGGCAAACUAAGGUCAGGUUAUGGGUAUA